UUCUCACCGAUCCCAAGACGGAAAGGAUCGGAUCUCAGCGUGGGAGAAACUUGUUUGGUGAAUACACGGACAAGCGACGUAAAGAUUCAAAGGAAGUUGUUCCUCCACUCCGACUGAGAUCUCUGCGGAGCAACAAACGCCUUCAAUUCUCACCAGACAUGCCUGCAAAGAAGGAGGACUCGCAGCACAGUAAUCUGCUCAAGCUCCUAAUGGCCGAGGUGGACGACCUGGAACUAGUGGACUUGGAGCAUCCGGAAGAAGGAGAUCCUGGAGAGCUUCUUCAGGAGGGAUUUGCCAUUUCCAAGCUCUUUGCAAUCAUUGAAUUCGCUCUGCGACACGCAAAAGAUGAGGAGAGCCUACUGGAUGGUAUUGACAUGAUGGACCGUCCAGAGGCCCUGAAAGCCAUCAAUGGGACUUUCCUCUUCGAAGUCUCCUCCCCCUCCCUCCCUUCCUCCUCGGAUCCUCCGAAGUCCAUCUCCUUCCUCGUAGACAUGAGGAAGACAGGGCACAUCUCCAAACUGAUGCCGUCUGAAGGAUCGUCUUCGGCAGCCAAAGCUCCGCGGAAGCCGGAUGUGACCAUUCGAGUGGCCGACAAGGACAUGGUGGACUUGGCAAUGGGCAAAGCCAUGCCUCAGGCUAUGUUCCUCAAGGGCAGGCUCAAGGUAAAGGGCAACUUGAUGCUCGGCUUGAAGAUGAACAACAUCCUGCAGAAGGAGAUUGCAAAACUGAGCAAACUUUAAGAUACCCGUGAUCCGGACGAGGUACAGGGACCCCAAGGGUCAUGCCUUAUGAGAGGUAUAGCGCGCUACGUAGGUGGCUCAGAGGCCUAGUGUUGGUUUGGUGGCUGUCUUCAAAUGAGACAGCUCACGUUGCGACGGCAACCUGUCCAGG